AUGGGUUCGCUCUAUGCACAAACCGGCAGUGCCUCUUCUACUGCAAGUGGAACUCCAUGGGAGAAGAUGUUUGCGAGCACGCUUGUCGCGCGUUUCUUUGCGGAAUGUUGGAUGAAGGACAUGGACCCUAAAACGAGCUAUGUUUGCUUGGCCGACUUGCUCCCCCAACAAAAUGAGGAUGCCGCGAAGACACUCCUGGAAUUUGAAGUCUGUCUCUGUAAUGGCAUUGUCGCCGGUUCCAAGGAGGCAUUCGCUGGCACGAAAAUCAAAAGUGAUGCUGAUUUGACUGCCGUUCACGCCAACUGGAACAUCAAAAAAGCCCACCAUGGCAUGGUCCUACCAGUUCGUUGCAAAAGCAGCCAAAAAAACAUGCUCUUUGGUGUGUCAGCUAGAAACGGACACCACAAAACUGAAACGGAUCUUCUCAAAACAAAGCAGCAUCUUGUUUCAAAGGAAGAUGGAUCUGAAGAAGUUUCUGGGCUCCUCCAGGCAGUCAACCCACGAGGAGGGAAAUCAACAGCAAGGAAGUUGAAAGAUCGGCUUUUGGAGCUGACUAAGCAGAAAAGAUAUGCAGAAGUGAUGAUCACAUCAGGUCAAGUAGUGCAUAUUCUAGGCUGCUUUGAUUAA